GACAAUUUGCCACACCUCUUCUGAGUGUUUGUAAGCUGUAACUCAGGUAGAACCAACUAUUUACACAUCAUUCAGAGACUGCGUCAGCCAAGCGCAAACGGAAGUUGCGAUUCUCAAUUUACAGAAAUUGCCUCUCACUUGUAUUCACUUUUGCUUUUGUUCACUUCAAGUGGAGUCGGCACAAGCAAGGAUGUCCGACGGUGAAUGCAAUGGCCGAUCUCUAUAUGACAGCUAUGCAAGCUGCCUUGCCAAGACCCUGUGUUACGUCUCCACUCCAAUGACAAUCGGCUUAUAUGCCCCGUGGGGGUCGGGAGUCAACUGCCUUCUGAAAAAUGUGGAAAAACAAAUGAAAAUAGAAGCACUUAACCGAGAGGAGAAGGAAUUAAAGAGAUUCCAGGAGCGGCCAAGGGGAGCCUCUGUUUUUGAAUUUAUUUCGCUUUUGUGGCAUUUGCUUUUCCUCAAACCUCAAAUCACAGAGCGACACGCAAAGAGGAAAAACGUCCGGUUCAUAUUCAUUCAGUUCAGUGCGUGGCAGUUCGCAGGAAGUGACAAGUUGUGGGCUGGACUCAUCACCACUCUCUGUGAAGACAUUAAGAACCAGUUUGGAUGCAUCCCAACAGGCAUUGUGAGGACCCUUGGUCACCAAGACACCGUUCUGAAAACCACUUCUGACCGUGAGUGGGUAUCCAAAAGGAUCCUCGGAAUUCCGGUCUGGCUUAUUUUUACUUUGCUUCUGCUGCUAGCUAUUGUGCUUGGGAUAGUCAUCUUAAUGAAUGGCUUCUCCUUAGGAGAUAUGAAAAGUGAUUACACUGCAGCAGCAGAAGGCGUGGGGUUUGGCUUAAUUGGAAUUUCCACCCUCAUGACAAUGAAGCACUCGGUCAUGAUGGGGAAGAACAUUUGUGUCAGUCAGAAAGAAAAAAUGCAGACCCUCAUGAAUAAAUCGGACUUCAGCAGCCAGCUGGGCUUCAUGAAUGACGUGAAGCAAGAAGUUAAGGUCCUGACAAACUUCAUCCACUACAUGGAAGUCUUUGAACGAAGAAAGAUUCGAGUAGUAAUGAAAAUCAUGAGCUUGGACAGAUGCACACCAGAUAAAAUUGUUGGAGUCCUGGAUGCUAUGAACAUCCUUCUUUCAGAUCCAGAAGCCCCUUUCAUUUCAGUACUUGCCGUUGAUCCUAGCAUUAUUGUAGACUGCGUGGAGAAAUCUAGUACCCUCAAAGGCGUUGGAGAAAAUGGCUACUGCUAUCUGAACAGGAUUGUGUCUCUACCAUUUUCUGUCCCCAAAAUGGACACUCAGACGAAGCUCAAAUUCCUUCAACAAGCAAUAGACGGCAAGAAUGCCCUCUUGGAUGACAAUCCACUGCCUACAAAAGCCUCUGUGGGCAGAUUUCGGAAAAAUGCUUCUGAGAGCAACCUACUGAUCAAUGUUUCCGUUGAAAGCGACCAACCUUCCAAGCAACGAGAUGUGAAAGUGAGUGCAGGUAGUUAUAUUCAACAGGCUUAUCAGUGUACAACUGACAUAAAUGGGCAACUCCUUCAGUACAUCGAGGAGAACUUCCUGCAAAUGAAGAGGAUAAUUAACAUAACCUCGGUGAUGAUUGGGCUCAUGGUGGAGAGGAACAUCUCAUUGAGCUCCUUUCCGCCUCAGAGAGUGGUUGCAUGGAUUGUUUUAGCAAGCAACUGGCCGUGCCGUCUGAGUUGGAUCUGGCAAUGUUGGGAGGAUGCUGAGCAAAGGAAGAAGUUGAACGAAGAAAAAGACACAGACGACAACAUGCUUCUGUGGACCGUUUAUGAACAAUCCUUGGAGAGGUUCAUGACAAUCCGUUCCCAAAUUGAAAACCUGUUGGCAAUGGAUGGUGACCCAGAAGUCUUUGAGGCGUUUCUGUCAGAAAGUUACAAAUUCACCGUUAACGAUGCAAAAAUCAUUACUCCAUGCACAAUUAAUCUGGAUCGGUCUUUAAAAAGAAAGAUGGAAUUGCUUCUCGCACGCAAUUUAUGAGCAAUAGGAGUCAGAAGUACAAUUUCGUCUCCAACCAAAGAGAAUUCAUGGUUUAAAAAGAAA